UAAGAAUGAGAUGGAUGAAGGUCCUCGAGGAACGGUUAGAUGUGGAAAUUGUAAACAAAGCGGCCAUAAUAGAGCCACGUGUGCGAAGAAAUCAUCAAGAGAUGGAGGGGGGUUGACUGGGCAUGGAGGUGUCAGCGGAUCCCGGGCCGAGUGAUCGUUUUGUCCUGACAUUGCAGGCCACACGCAUGAGUGAGGAUGUGUGGCGUGGCCUCGAUGUUCAGGUGGAUAGGUGCCGCGAGCACCUCCGUGGUUUGUCGCACGUGCAGGUGGACGACAGAGUACUUGCAUAUGUUCGUGCUGCGGGUUUUUAUUAUCUGCAUAGAUUGGAUGCUAUUGUCCCUCUCGAUAGAGCGCUACUCACUGCUCUUCUUGAGCAUUGGAGGCAGGAGACGCACAAAUUUCACCUCCCUGUUGGUGAGGUGCCAGUGACCUUGGGAGAUGUUGUUGUACUGACUAGGUUAGAGGUGGAUGGGAGAGCUGUUACUGGUACUGCUUGUCGACAGUGGGUUGAUGAGUGUGAGCAUUUGUUGGGUGUUUGCCCCCUUCUUCGGGCUGACCUUCAGGGGUCAUCUCUGAGAAUGUCAUGGUUGAGGGAGCAUUUCGUUGUUCUUCAUCUGGACGCUGAUGAGGUGAUGAUCAAGCAGCAUGCACGGGCUUAUAUUUUGAGGAUGAUGGGAGCUUCCAUUUUCGCUGACAAGAGCGGAAAUGAGAUUCAGGUGUUGUACUUGCCUAUGCUAGAGAUGUUUGAUGUAGCAGCACAGUUCAGUUGGAGUAGUGCCACGCUGGCUUAUCUUUAUAGACAUCUGUGUCGCGGCUGCCAGAGCGGGAGCACGGAGCUUGGAGGAUUUUUGCUUCUUCUCCAGAUUUGGUCAUGGGAGUACAUCCACAUUGGGCGUCCCAUUAGAGUGGCAUACCAUGGCAUUGAUGGACACCCACUGCCUGAUGAGCCUCCAUAUAUGCUGGGACCACAUCAUAUGGCUAUUUGUUGAUCUAUGUCGCACAUCAUCGGCUUCUGGGCUCGGUGUCUACAAGGAUGCAUUUGAUCGAAUGUCUGAGGAUCAGAUUACAUGGAUGCCUUAUACAGCUGAGAUGUUUGCAGAGUUGCCCCCCGCUGGACGAGAGCAUUCUCACAUAUGGCGAGCAUGUAUGAGCAUGUCAUUCCAGCACCUAUCGACACAUAUGUAGAGCUUCAUAGGCUGGAUAGGCGUGGGAAGCAUAGGGAGGAUUGGGCACUCAGACAUGUCCAAUACGUCACUAUGUGGGAGAGGCGAGCUGAGCUUGUUGUGGCUGGGACACCGACAUUAGUCCCAUCUGUUUCGGGAGACUACAUGGGAUGGUAUUACAACAUCACUCGUUUGUUUGUGUCUCCUUCGUUCAGACUCCUUACUCACCAUUAUCAGCCUAGCUCCUUGGCUUUGCAUUUGACGUUGAGUAUAUUACGAAUUACUAAAACACGAGCUUUGCAACAUAUACAUCAGCGGGUUACUACCACAGUGAGUGAUACGCAUGACGUGGACAUGUACGGACAGGCUCUGACGGGCAUUGCCUCCUUGUGUUCAUAUGUGUUGGGGCGAGUCGACUACGGCCAUCUUAUACAUAUGCCCCCAUCUCAGGAUAUGGCAUCGACAUCUAGUGCAGCGGCAGCUUCAUCAUCCCAGACUCAGCAUGAGAGAGUGGUUCUUCAACCACGACAACUGCGUAGGCGUAGGAAGCAACAACAAUAUGUCCAUGACCAAGACGAUCAAGAAGACCAUGAGAACUUCUAGUUUGUCUUUUGUAUUGGAGUUUUUCUUGUACACUGGAUGUUGUAGGAACAAUUCACUUUAUUUUACGUAUUUCCACCUGCAAACUUUUUAUGAUGUGUUGAUGUGUUCGGUUUUGAAUAUUAGAUGAAUGUACUGUGUUAUGAAUA